AUGGUGCGUGUGACGACAGCUCCGAGAGACAGAUAUGCUAACUUUUGUAUAGUCAAAGCAAAGAUUCAAGACAAGGAGGGAAUUCCUCCGGAUCAACAGCGUCUGAUCUUUGCCGGAAAGCAGCUAGAGGACGGGCGUACACUCAGUGACUAUAACAUCCAAAAAGAAAGCACCCUGCACCUGGUACUGCGCCUUCGUGGUGGUGCCAAGAAGCGGUGCCAACAUGGUCGCGGUACAGAAGAGCAAUGCCGAGAUGCGGCUGUGCAGAUCGUAGGCCAGUGCCCCCACUGCAGCCUGAGCUUUUGCAGUAAGCAUCGCCUGCCCGAGUCGCACGACUGUGCCAACCAGGAGCAGAUGCGCAAUGCAGCCUUCACAGCAAACAAGGAAAAGCUGGAGAAUGAACGUCUCUCUGCCACACGAGGCCUUGUCCACUAA